AUGGAACAAAACAGCAACGUUUAUAAUCUCUCCCUCAAUAAAACACGAGAGCAGAACCUAAACGAAACAUUUGGAGAAAAGAAUCUUUACCGAUCAACUUCUGGAGACGAAAUCGAGAAAUUGCUCAUGAAUUUGGAAUCGGAUACCAGUCGUCCAUUUUCUGCCAUGAAAAAGGAAGUAAAUUCGUCAGGGAACGAUGGGGAAGAUUGCUCGAUCACAUUAUCUGACAGGGACAUCGUCUCGAUCAAAAAGUUCUUCGCUGUUUCAGCCUUCAGAACACGGUUUUUUCGGGAUCAUUUGGCCGAUCCACAUGGUGUGCUCCAGACAACACCGUUCAUGGAGAGGAAAGAGACCUGGAUCAACCUACUGCGCUUGAUUUUGAAGGGUUCUUUGGAAACUCUUUCAGAGUGGAAGGAAACCGAAAGACCGAGUGAUGAUGGUGCAAGUAAUGAAUUCUAUAAGAAAGCCACACACGCGAUUGAGCUUUAUCAGACCAUUAGCAACACGCAGCUGCAUAUCUGGAAGACAACCGGUGCGGAAGAGUUCCUACUAGGAGACCAUCUUGUACAUAUUGAAGGUUUUGUCGGGGAAACAAAUGACCAAAGUCGGCCAAAGGCAGCGCACCUACUCAUGCCUAUUAGUCCAUCUGUCAUUGUGGCCGCUUGCAACAGCCAGUACUGUCAACAAGCGAGUAUGCUGUCUAAAUGUCAGCAUGCAUCACCGAGAGAACAGACUUUACCUGGCAGAAAAAAGCCAGGCAAAAAGGGGUACCAACCUCCAAAAACUGUUUGGAUAUACCCAAUUACAAAAUGUGAGGAGCAUCAGGUCUUUAUCAUCAACAGAACAGUCUUCGCAUCCACACGGAUUGUAUUCCGCAAUGCUGCAGCUUUUAGAAAGGUUGUUGACGGUGUUACGGCCUCUCACCAUAAAUCCGAUUCUCGCAAUACAUCAACCGCUACGAUGUGCGAGGAUCACUCUGAAUUUUCUCAGCCCAACCUAGCUGAUACAACAAGCAAGGCCUUGGGAUUACUUCUUUCAUUUGCCAAAGCGUACACAGAACGCAUGGACAGCCCGCUUCGUGAAGAGGCCAUUGGAUUUUUGCGGUGUCUUGUUUACGCCACUAGAUUCUAUACUUCGAUGGACUCACAUUUUGGAUGCCAGCAUUGUGCUGAUAACAUUAUGGCCGAAAUCAAGGCUCUGUUGGGAUAA